AUGUCGGGCUUUGCCAACGCAGUGUACUACCCGCAAUGGCGUGUCUACAAAGGCUUCGCCCCCUCUGAUCUCAACCUUAGCCAAGCGAGCCACGUUCUCUAUGCUUUCGUCGGUGUGAAUGAAGACGGCACUCUCAGGCCCCUAGAUGACUGGGCCGACAACUCCAUCGAAGUCGACGGCGAAGAAGGCUGUCUCGCUGCCCUCGCCAAGCUCAAGCAUACCCAUCCUCAUCUUCGCACCCUCCUCUCCGUCGGGGGUGCAAGUGCCAGCGCCGAAUUUCCCGCCCUGGCCGCCGACCCGGAAGCCCGCGAGACCUUCGCCCGCGCCUGCCGUGCUUUCGUCGAUGAACAUGAAAUGGAUGGCAUAGACAUCGACUGGGAACAUCCAAAAGACCCAACCGAAGGCCACGACUUCCUUCACCUCCUCUACACCCUGCGCACCCAACUCCCAGGCCCGCAAUACCUCAUCACCACCGCCCUCCCCCCCGGCGCCUGGGUCCUCCGCAACAUCAACCUCGCCCAAGCCGCAGCCUAUCUGGACUACCUCAACCUGAUGGCCUACGACCUGACCGGCCCCUGGACCGACGUGGCCGGCCACCAAGCCCAAUUGUUCCCCCCCGGCGGCGACGACGGAUCCGACUACCCCGCCACCUGCCGAGCGGACUGCAACUCGGGCGUAGACUACUGCCUGUCCAACGGCUUUCCCCCGAACAAGAUCCUGCUCGGCAUCCCCGCCUAUGCGCGCUAUUUCCCCGGCGCCGCCGGGCCGGGCCACCCCUUCGAAGGCGCAGGCGAGAUGGACUACUGCGAUUUCCCCGACGAGUGGGUCUCCAACGCGCAGGUCGACCACCACGCCGCUGCCGCUUGGUGUAGUGACCCCGAGAAGGGGUUCGUCAGCUUCGACAGCCCGGCCAGCGUGCGGCAGAAGGCCCGCUAUGUCAGGGACCGCGGUCUGGGCGGCUUGAUGUACUGGACUGGUGCGUCCGAUCGCCCCGGUCCUGAGAGUUUGGUGAGCGCUGGCUUUCUAGGCCUAUAUGAGCACGGCGAGGAGGAGUGAAGAGGGUGUGAGAUGUUCGUUCUCUCGUUCUCUUGCUGUUCUUUCUGUCCGUUUCCUCGUGGACGUCCCACUUCUGUGUGACGAUGAAAUGAGAUAGGACCUCAUGAAUGAAUGAUGAAUGACUGCAACAAAAGACUUUCAACAUGACGAAGUUUUGCAAAUAUGCCAGUGUAGCAAUGGCCUAUUAGGGUUACUUCGGUCGACUUGGUCGACCAUCUAUCAGACAGGACAGAGUGAUAUGCCAUUCCGUGGUGCGGUUGCGUCGAAGCAAUAUUUUCCUUUUAUUGCCCUUCUUCACCCAUACACUCCCCCCCCCCUGAUAGUCGAAAGUGAAGUUGCCGAAGCCCAAUAUCCCAACCCGAAAAACAAACUGCAAUAAAAUAAGUUGCUGAACAGGAACCGAGAAGAGAAGGAAACAAGGAGAGAACCGUAGAAAGAAAUGAGG